AUGCAACGUAUCUAUGCUGUGUUUGUCGCUGUAUUGAUCGAUAUAAAGGCGUCGUUGGGAAAGGAGGAUUCGGUUGUCAGCCUCAGUUCCGGAGUUUCACUUCGUAGCGUGCGUCAAGCUAGCGCGACUCAACUUACCGCCGCGCGAAAUAUGUCCGCUGUCGUAGCAGGGGCCUGGUCGAAGCAGUGCAUCGUACUCUCGAGAUAUGAAGCUAUCGACAUCGUAUAG